AUGACCUCAACACGAGUUCUACUCGUGCUGCUGAUAGUUUGCAUUGUUGCUAGAGCACAAAAUAAUCCGGUUUUCAAAAAAUUCGAAUACAAGCACUCCUUCCGUGCUCCCAACCUAUCUCAGCGUGAUGGAUCUAUCCCAUUCUGGAUUGUUAGUGGUGAUGCUAUUGCUUCUGGAGAGCAACUACGCUUGGCGCCAUCAAUGAGAAGCAGAAAAGGUAUUGCAUGGAACAAGAGAGCAUUCGUGGAAAGUGAAAACUUCCAAGUUGACAUCUCUUUGAAAAUAGGAGGACAAGGUCGUGUUGGAGCUGAUGGACUAGGAAUUUGGUACACUUCUCAACUUGGAGCUCUUGGACCAGUUUUUGGUGCUAAUGAUUUCUGGACUGGAAUGGGAUUGUUCCUUGAUUCCUUCGACAACGAUGGCCAAAAGAACAACCCACAAGUUUCAUUGAUGCUGAAUGAUGGAACCAGAUCUUACGAUCAUCAUACUGACGGAUCGCAACAAAUUUUAUCCAGUUGCCAAAGAGACUUCCGUAACAAGCCAUACCCAGUUCGCUUGCGAAUUGAGUAUAUGAAAAACGUUCUUACUGUACAUGUCGAUGAUGGAAUGCAGCCAACUCCACGGUAUGAACUGUGCAUGAGAGCUGAAAAUAUCUUCUUGCCACGUAACGGAUACUUCGGAGUAUCUGCUGCCACCGGAGGUCUUGCCGAUGACCACGAUAUUCUCGACUUUUCUGUGUUCUCUCUUUUCCAUGAGCAACAAAAACCAGUAGCUGCUGCUGAGCAAAUUCCGCAACAAGAGAAACAAAAAUACGAUGAGGAGUUCGAGAGACAAAUGAAGGAGUAUGAGCAGGAGAGAGCCAAGUUCAAGGAGCAACAUCCAGACAAGGUCAAAGAAGACGAUGAAUACGAUCCAAACAAAUACUACGAGGAUGCUACUGCUCGCGAGCUCAGACUGAUCUAUGAGUCUCAAAAUGCUAUCCAUCAAGUGAUGCAGAACAUGGACCAAAGAUUAGCUCAGAUUCAACAGGCUCAGAUUUCUGGAGGAGGUGCAGCAGUGCCUCAAACUGGUGGAGCUGCUCCUGCUGCUGUUGCGGGUGGUGCUAGCUUCCAGAAACACGAGAAGAACGAAGUGAUAACGUCGUUACGCGACUUAACACAAUCGGUGCGAGACAUGAAGCAAUACGUCAAUGAAAUUUUCACGAAGACAUAUAACAUUGAUCAGAAGAUUCAACAAGGUGGUGCUGGAGGAGGUGUCGACAGUAGUAUGCACCAAAAGGUUGAUUCUCUGCUCAACGAGCUUCGAACAGUGAGAGCUACACAAGUUCAGACGAGUGGACCGGGAGCAUCUUCUAACUGCCCGAACGUCUCUUGUGUGUCGUCAACCAUUUUCAUGCUCAUCAUCCUCGUACAAUCAGUAAUCAUCAUUGCCGUCGUAUUCGUACGAAGCAAACAGGACAAAGCCAAAUUCUACUAA